CAGAGGCCGCUGCCGCCGUCACCGGAGUCUCCCGGCUCCACAGCUUGAGGAGGCGCCCCGCAAUCGCCUGGGGCAGUGCCAGCCGAUCAGGCCUCCUCAGCUCUUCUUGGUUCUGCUUGCUCCCUCUGCCCAGCCAGGAGGCAGCCCCCAAUCCCGGCGAUCAUGAAUCAGGCAGAUAAAAAUCAACAAGAAAUCCCAUCUUACCUUAGUGAUGAACCACCAGAAGGUUCAAUGAAAGAUCACCCACAGCAGCAACCAGGCAUGUUGUCCCGUGUGACUGGGGGUAUCUUCAGUGUUACAAAGGGAGCUGUUGGUGCCACCAUUGGUGGUGUGGCUUGGAUUGGUGGAAAGAGUCUGGAGGUGACCAAAACAGCUGUUACAACUGUGCCUUCCAUGGGAAUAGGGCUGGUGAAAGGGGGUGUGUCCGCCGUGGCUGGAGGUGUUACAGCUGUUGGGUCUGCUGUUGUAAACAAAGUGCCCUUAACAGGAAAGAAGAAAGACAAAUCUGACUAAGACACGGAGAUACGUUUGCUCUCUACAGCAUUAUGAUGCCAGUGGCAUUGAAUUGCUAAAUUUUGGACUACAACUAAGUCAACUGUUUUGGACAUUCUUCUUCUUAAACUGCUGUGUUGAAAGUAUUGAUGACUGGCUUUCGUCUAAAAAGAAGAGACCAAUACUAGCACAGUGUAUGAAGGUUUCUCAUACUUAAAUUCCAGCUUUUUAUCUGGUAAAAUGUUACACUUAUCAGUUGUAACUGAAGAUCUAUUUGAAUAUUUACUAUAAGUCUUUUAGUUUAACUAAAAAUGUGAAUGUUGAAUUUCGUGGAUGAUCUUUACAGUUCCAUAUGUAUAAUGUGCCAGGUAACUCAUCUGUCCCUUAAAAAGGGAACCUUGAACUACAUAAACUGUAAUUUUGACGUGCCUAUAGUUUCAGAUGUCUUAGUUUUUUUUUUAUAAUGAUAGUUGAUUAGGCCAAGAGUUAUUCUUUUCUUAUUUAAGCCAGGAAAAGUAGCAGGAUUUAGAGAAAUUUAAAACAAAAGACAAAUGGUUUUAUGAUCCUGAGUAUUAAUCAUCUUUUGUUAGAUAUGCAUUAUAAUUUAAUCAUCAAUGCCUUACAAAAGAAAACAUCUUUUCCUAAUACCCUAAAUAUGUGCAGUUCUUAGAAUUAUAUAUGGAUUCUCUUAACAGUUGUUUGUGAAAUCAGUUUUCCCUCUUGAAGAAUCUCAGGAGUUGUGGGGUAAAGGCAUUUCUUGCUCUUAGCAGAUAAGAAAAUGAUUAACUUUUUGUUAACUGUCAGUAGUUGUAACCAAACUGUAUGCUUCAACCUGGGUUCAUGUUCCAUCAUCAGUACACCUCACAGUGCCUAAGGAAUAUUUCUUUGCUGGUCAGAAGCUAUGUUGGAAGAGUUUCAGAUAAAAGGAGUUAUCUGAACAAAUAAGUUUAAGUUUUUAAAAAAUUACCUAGCACAUCUAAGAUAUAAAAAGAAUUUUUCAUACCUGUUGUAUCUUUAGGAUGGCUUAAAUUAAAAGCAAUACUUGGUAAAAGAACCACAACUAUGUGGGGACUGACUUUUAAAUGGAAUGAAAUGGGCUCCAUGGAUUAGUUUUGAAUGUAAAAUAUAUAUAAGUGCUUUCAUUGGUUUAUAGGCUUUUAAAAUAUGUUAUCUCAUCAUCCUUUAAAGCAGCUGUAGACUUUUUACCAUUUUCCAGGUCAACUUCAGGCAGGGACUUGAAGUUUUUGAUUGUGGAUGAUAAGUGUCUCAUGUCUUAACAUAUCUCAUCAUGUCUCACUCAUUCUCAAAGAAUAUGACUUAGCUGAAAUUCAUUGUUUUGUUUUUCGUUUCAUAAAAAAUUUUAAAGUGGCACAUAUAUAUUUGGCAUUCUUUUAACUGAGUUAUAAUCCCAGCCUGAAAAAUAUCUUAGUUUUCUUUAUACUUAAGCCUGGAAAUUUGCCUCCAUUCCGCAGUUUUGUUUUGUUUUUGCCUUGCAGGGGAGGGGAGGAAAGGUAUGAUGCCGUGGAGUGAGUAAGUCAAAUAGCAUUCCUGAGAAUUUGAAACAGAUAAUUCCAGCACCCAAGGUUUAAAUGUCUAUCUGUAAACGACAGAGAGUUUUACAUUAAUAAUGUGGAUUAACAAAUGGAUAAGAACAUAACUUUUAAAAGCUUUCAUAAAUACCAGCAGGGAUUUUAAGCAAAUCUACAAAGGUUCUGGGCCUUUCUACAGUAUACAAAACUGAAAAGUCGUUAAGGAGUUCAAUUCAUCAGAAAUUAAAUGGCUGUUUAUUUCAUGCCAUAUUAUUUAAGGUAUAUUUGUCAGUAUAUCUGGUCAGAUGUCAUAAAGAGCAAAGGUUUUUUUCUUAAUCCAAAAUUAAUAGAUGAAUAAAAAUAAAGAUCUAAAUAAUGGUAUUAGAGAACUUGUUUCCUGCUAUUUGAAAGAAGUUAUUGCUUCAUUGCUAGUUUAUAUUUCUAAUUCAUCUUCUCUAGUCGUAGGCUCUGCUUUGUACCUGAAUUUCUAAAUAUAGACUUUAUUUUAUGCUUGCAUAUUUAUUUUUAACUUUGCUUGUGUUUAAAACUGCUUGAGGAAAAUGGUUGUAAUUAAUUUCUGCUACAGAAAAGCCACCUGAUACAUUUUAUCUUACCGAGUUUAAAUUCUAAACUGUAACUUUGUUCAGGAGCAGCUUUUGCAGUGAUAGCAGAGAACUGUACAAAUGGAGUUAUGGAAGUUCUUGUUGAAAUGAACUUGCCAUUUGAUAAUGUAUAGCUGUACACUUGAGUCUUUUUUGGUUUAUUUUUGUAGAUUAGCAAUUUGACCUGUUAAAUAGUACUAGUUCACUUCAAGAAACUAAGGUUGUAUAUACCUGGAGGUAUCUGUUAUUCAGCUUAUCUUUUGAGUGGAUAUUUGGCACAAUGAGGACAAACUUGUGUGGCCCAUUGAAUGACUGAUCUAAUAAUGUUGAUAUUAUGAGUCCUGCACUUAGUGAAAGACAUUUCAGAUGAAAAUAACUGAUGAUUGAUUUUUUUUUGUAUUAAAGGAAUGGGAAAAGAAUACAUGAAUCUGUUAAU